AUGAACGUAACCAGUGAUUUCCUACAACAGCUACAGGCGGCCACUAAGAAGCAAUCCAAGCAACAAGCCCACGAACUACUUCAUCUGUUACGCCUACAUCCAUCGCUUAAUCCUUGGAUAGUCAAGCUUUACAACAUUGGUAGUAUCGAUGAUGCACAAUUGCAGGAGGAAGUUGAGAGAAGAAAUUUCUACAACGACGAAUGGAUGGCUUUCCAAGAAAUUGUCUCAAGCUUCAUCAGGCUCUCCAAUCAGCUCAAUCCUUACUCAAUGCUGGAAUCCUUCGAUCUUUACGCUGCAUACAUCAACGACUUAUCAGUGGCCUUCACCAACAAGUCUCAUGGCUACUUAUUGACUCCACUCAUUCAAGACACAAUUGACUUUGUGAUUCCGAUGGCAACACAGCUAGACAUGCAGCUCAUACUCGUGGAGAGCAGCAGAAAACCACGUCUAGUGUAUUUGGCGUCUAUAUUGUUGAAGAUGUUCAACAAUAUAAGAUCGCAAUUGGGUGCUGGAGAUCAUAUCGAGGCCGCCAAAAAGUCUAUCAUGUUAUUGAUAGGUGUUCGACUUUGUCUGAUCUAUUUCAAGUUGGAGAAUCCUCUCCUUUGCCGCAACGUCUUUUCUAACAUGAACAAUGCCAACUUGAGGCUAAGCGACUUCCCGAAAAACCAACAAAUCCAGUACAGGUACUACCUAGCACGUUUUUACAUGGUGAAGUACCAAUUCGUUGAUGCUUACCAACACUUCCAGUGGUGCUUGCAGAACACUCCCGCCAACUACAUCAAAGACAAUGCCAACGUCACCAGAAUCUUGCGCCAAAUGAUCCCGCUUGGAAUCGUAAUCGGCAAAAAGCCCAACUUCAACAACAUCUACACAACAUUUUAUUCUUCACGGGAAUCGUCACCGGCAUUUUUGGAGACAUUUGAAGAUCUCGCACGAGCCAUACAAGUGGGAGACUUUGACACUUUCUCAAGAGUACUCAACGACCCAAAGAACUACAAAAUGCUCAAGGAGCAUCAGCUUUUGCUUCUCUUUGCAGAAAAAGCACCCCUUCUUAUUCUCCGCAAUUUAUUGAGGAAAGUAUGGUCAAUACAAGGAGGGCAGGCCAAGCUAGACUACGAUAGCAUCAGAUGUGCCCUCGAUGCUUCCCUCGCAGGAACGCCUCUCCAUGCCAUCAAUUGCUUCGGCCAGCGAGUACUUGCAGAAAAUCCCGCCGACGAGAUAAAUGACUUUGUGAUUGAAAACUGCUUAGUCACAUUGAUAGACCAGAAUUUGCUCAAGGGCAAGCUCUUUCCGCGACUCCGUGUGGUUUCGCUUAGCAAGACGGCAGUGUUUCCUGCGGUAGCCGCGAUUUCUUUUGUAAAGUAUGGCAACGGCUCAGAGGGACGCCUCAAUUACGCGGACAAAUGGAUGAGUUAA